UGUAAACAUUACCAUUGGGAUCCAUCUGACGAAUCCCAAAUGGGACGAAAUGCGCGUUUUCAACUUUACUAUUAACCAUUAUAAAGUGAAUAACGUCUUUGAUCUUUGUGCACGCCUAUAAUAAUCUAACAGAGUUGAAAGAGAUGAAGUAGCAAGAAAACAGAAUGAACUAUAAUUUCGACAUAAAGGGUUAUGAACGUGAAUGGGGCAACUAUACUUUGUCACAACCAUCAAUCAUUUUAUGUUUAGAGAACUCCUAAAAAAGAAAAUGAUUGAUAAUUCUACUUACAACGAUCUAAAACCACGUGGUUCACGUCUACCUCAUAUGUAUGGUUUACCAAAAGUUCACAAACAUGACGUUCCUCUUAGACCUAUCCUAUCAAUGAUCAACUCACCAUAUCAUAAAGUCGCACGCUGGUUAGCAGAAAAACUAGAACCCGUUCGUCGUAGAUUUGCAACAUAUAAGUUAAGAGAUUCAUUCCAGUUUGCUGAUAGACUAAAUCGUACGAAUGUUAACGACAAGUUCAUGGUCUCUUGAUGUAACUUCCUUGUUCACCAAUAUACCACUUUUUGAAACUAUUGAUAUAAUUUGUCAGAAUGAUGAUCUCCUACCUUUACCAGCCCCAGAAUUCAAAAAACUACUACUAAUAUGUACAACAGAUGUUCAAUUCCAAUUUAACAACACCAUAUAUCGCCAAGUCGAUGGCGUAGCAAUCGGUAGUCCACUAUAUAUAUGAUAUAUAUAUCCAUAUUUUU